ACCCGCGGCCCGGCUGGCAGCAGCGGCCGCCCGCACUGCGCCCCGGCGGCCGACUUCGCCGCAGCUUUUCGUGCCGCCGCCGCCCGGCCGGCCCCCGCGGGCCCUGCCUGGCCAUGGCCGCGGCCACCUCCCCUCCCAGGGCCGAGAGAAAGCGCUGGGGCGGGGGCCGCCUGCCGGGCGCCCGGCGGGGCAGCGCGGGCCUGGCCAAGAAGUGCCCCUUCUCGCUGGAGCUGGCCGAGGGCGGCCCGGCGGGCGGCGCGCUCUACUCGCCCAUCGCUCCGCCAGGCGCCCCGGGGCCCGCGUCCCCCACCGCGCCCGCCGCGCCCCCCGCCGCCGCCGACCUUGGCCCGCGGCCGCCGGUGAGCCUCGACCCGCGCGUCUCCAUCUACAGCGCGCGCCGCCCGCUGCUCGCGCGCACUCACAUCCAGGGCCGCGUCUACAACUUCCUGGAGCGCCCCACCGGCUGGAAGUGCUUCAUCUACCACUUUGUCGUCUUCCUCAUUGUUCUCGUCUGCCUCAUCUUCAGCGUGCUGUCCACCAUCGAGCAGUAUGUCGCCCUGGCCACGGGGACCCUCUUCUGGAUGGAGAUCGUCCUGGUCGUGUUCUUUGGGACGGAGUACGUGGUCCGCCUCUGGUCAGCCGGCUGCCGCAGCAAGUACGUGGGCAUCUGGGGCCGGCUGCGCUUUGCCCGGAAGCCCAUUUCCAUCAUCGACCUCAUCGUGGUCGUGGCCUCCAUGGUCGUCCUCUGCGUGGGCUCCAAAGGGCAGGUGUUUGCCACCUCGGCCAUCAGGGGCAUCCGCUUCCUCCAGAUCCUGCGGAUGCUGCACGUCGACCGCCAGGGGGGCACGUGGAGGCUGCUGGGCUCGGUGGUCUUCAUCCACCGCCAGGAGCUGAUCACCACCCUGUACAUCGGCUUCCUGGGCCUCAUCUUCUCCUCCUACUUCGUGUACCUGGCCGAGAAGGACGCCGUGAACGAGUCGGGCCAGGUCGAGUUCGGCAGCUACGCGGACGCCCUCUGGUGGGGGGUGGUGACGGUCACCACCAUCGGCUAUGGGGACAAGGUGCCCCAGACGUGGGUCGGGAAGACCAUCGCCUCCUGCUUCUCCGUCUUCGCCAUCUCCUUCUUUGCGCUUCCGGCGGGGAUUCUGGGCUCCGGUUUUGCCCUGAAGGUCCAGCAGAAGCAGAGGCAGAAGCACUUCAACCGGCAGAUCCCGGCGGCAGCCUCGCUCAUCCAGACGGCGUGGCGGUGCUACGCGGCCGAGAACCCCAACUCCUCCACCUGGAAGAUCUACGUCCGGAAGCCGCCCCGCAGCCACGCUCUGCUCUCCCCCAGCCCCAAGCCCAAGAAGUCUGCCAUGGUAAAGAAAAAAAAGUUCAAACUGGACAAGGACAACGGGGUGAGCCCGGGAGAGAGGAUGCUGACGGUCCCGCACAUCACUUGCGACCCCACUUUGGAGGAGCGGAGGCCUGAACACUUCUCGGUGGACGGCUACGACAGUUCUGUGAAAAAGAGCCCCACGCUGCUGGAAGUGAGCACGGCCCAUUUCACGAGAACCAACAGCUUUGCCGAGGACCUGGACCUGGAAGGGGAGACUCUGCUGGCGCCCAUCACCCAUGUGUCGCAGCUGCGGGAGCACCACCGGGCCACCAUCAAGGUCAUUAGGCGCAUGCAGUAUUUUGUGGCCAAGAAGAAAUUCCAGCAAGCGCGGAAGCCCUACGACGUGCGGGAUGUCAUCGAGCAGUACUCCCAGGGCCACCUCAACCUCAUGGUGCGCAUCAAGGAGCUGCAGAGGAGGCCAGAUGUCCGUGCGGUGCCCCGGCCAAGCGUGAGCUGGUCUCCGUCUCCCUCCCUCCCCCCCAGGCUGGACCAGUCCAUCGGGAAGCCCUCCCUCUUCAUCUCCGUCUCAGAGAAGAGUAAGGACCGAGGCAGCAACACGAUCGGUGCCCGCCUGAACCGUGUGGAGGACAAGGUGACGCAGCUGGACCAGAGGCUGGCGCUCAUCACAGACAUGCUGCACCAGCUGCUCGCCCAGCACCACGGAGGCUCCCCCGGCAGCCGGCCUUCCAGCGGGGGCGGGGCCCAGGUGGUCCAGCCCCACAGCGGUGGCUCUAUCAACCCCGAGCUCUUCCUGCCCAGCAACGCGCUACCCACCUACGAACAGCUGACCGUGCCCCGCGGGGGCCCCGACAAGGGCUCCUGAUGGGGGCUCGGGGCCCAGGCCUGAGAGGGGAGGCCCGGAGGAGCCCUGCCCGGCCCACCCCACCUCCCACUCAGCACAGGCACCGCUAGGCCUCAGCCCCCUCUCUAAGGCCCGAGACGGCAGUCCCGCUCUCCAGGGCCCCAGACGCCCGGUGGACUACAGGGCCCUGCGGCCUGCCUGGGGGGCUCAAGACCGCCUCUUCCCAGCCAGCGGGUACUAGAAUUUGGCUGGGUGCUGGGAGGAGGGGCCUCUCGGCUCUGAGACCGGGGUCCCCCCAUUGCCUGCCUGGUACUCGGGACAGAGCAGCAGGGGGUCAGGCCGGGCAUCCCAGGCACUUGGUCUGUCCCAUGUAUGGCCAGGGAGCCGCACAGCUGUGUGCAGGCCCCAGGGCAUUCCUGAGGGGAGACAGAGGGACGGCCUGGACAGGGUCUGUGAGGACCCCACCCCCAGCCUCAAAUCCAGGCCCAGGGGGACCCAGGGAGAAGGCAGGCCAGGCAGGGCAGGGCAGGCCCAGCCCAUGCCGAACAAAGGAUGCCCACGGGCAAGGCCCAAUCAAGGCCCCCCUGGCCUGGGCCUGACUCCCUCAAGCUCCAGGGAUGCUGACUCAGGCCGGGAGCUGGCGGGGAGCUGCUCCUGAGGCCACAGCUUCCAACGGGAGGGACGUGUCCACCGCUGUGGUCAGAGCUCUUCACUGGGGGUGGGCUGCCCACCAGUGGAACCGGGGUGCUCAGGUCCCCCACUUUGGACUGGCAGCUUCUCCUACCCAUUCCGGAGAAAAGAGGAGGGUCCCCAAACCCCGCUCUGCGUGUGGGCCUCACCUCCAGCUCCCUGCCUGGUCUAAGCAGCUGGACGGACACACAGACGGUGGCCUCCCCGACCCGCUGCUGAGCCGCAGGGGAGCGGACGGGCGCCACCACCUCUGGCGAGACCCACCUCCUCUGGCCUGCUCCGCCUCGCCGAAAUCAGAAUAAUCUGUGGUGAUUUGGAACCUGUGCUUUAAUGAAUUUCACAGUGUGAUUUUGAUUCUUAACCGUUCAGGUUUUUCCUAAUAAAUGUGGAAUCACAA